CAAGCAGAACCCGCGCUUGGAUGAUGCCCGCCGGCUCUGGCCGACCGCUGUCUCGCUGCAGGAGCGGGUGGACGUGGGAGCGCUCGAAUAUCCCUUUGUCAUUUUUCAUGAAUGGACUGAGUCCUGAUCAUGACUAUAUGAUGGUAGAUUCCAUUGAAGAGUGGCCACCAACAAAAUGGAAAUGACAGAGAUGGCUAAACACAAGACACUAUGGAAAAUGAACUCAACCAGUGAACCUUUAUUUUUUACUGGUAUAGAAGUCAAUCCUUUGAGAAAAUUCACCAUUCCCAAGAUCAGGAGGACAGCUGGGAAAGUUUCCUUGUCAUCUUGUUGCACCAAUACUAGAGAAUACAGUUUCAUUCACGAUACUCUUAACCAGUGCCGGCUUGAUGUAAGCUGUGAUCUACAGUCUUCAUGGCAGUUUGGGGACACAAAACUGGUUCACAAUGAGGAUCUGGAAAAAAAUUUUACUUCUAAGAGGUCAGAGAUGCGUGAGAGUGGAAGACAUGGCAGAGAACUUGAAGAACAUUUCUGCUUUUUAGCACUUCCCCAGAGUGAUGUGGCUGAGAUAUAUCAGAAUGGAAUAAGUACCAAAUCAUCCUCACUGAAGAUACUAGGAAAUCCUCUUCUUGGAAUUUAUAUAUUUAGACAUGUUGAUGUUGCCUUGAAUUAUGCUCAUAGUAGGAGUAUUACUGUAGAAAGUAUUAUAAUUUUCAAGGUUCUUUUUGGAAAAGUGAAGAAAAUUCAGCCUUCCAUGGAUAAAAACAAAGUUUCUUUGGAUCCUUCACCUAACUUUGACUGCCAUAUGUCGAGAAGUAUACCUUCUCUGAAAGAUACCAUUGAACUUCAAGCCUACAGUUCAGCAGUAUACUUCUAUGAAUACAAUGUUCUUUCAAAGCCAGUAGAUAAACCGAGGCAAUGUCUUCCAUAUGCUGUAGUAACAGUAAAAUUUAUUGGUCAAAAAGUAGAUAAUGGACACUUUAUGACAUCUUUGAGAUGCCUGUCAACAGGAUUUCCUAAGAGGGCUGAAAGAAUAUGCUCUCUGAAUAACUGUACAGUGGCCAAAAGAAUUGGAAAAGGAAAAGAUGCUACUGUCAUCUUUGAGCAUUUCAGGAAACCUGUAGAUCCAUUUGUUCAGGAAAACUGUUCAUGCAAUGCACUAAAUUCAGCGAUAAAUUCUUCCAACUCAAAUAUUUCUAAUUCCUAUGGAAAUGUGCAAAAUGGAAACAUUUCUAUACUUGAAACAUACAGUGGACAGAAUGAGCACAAUUUAGAAGAAUGUAGAGACACUUCUCAAGUACAUGCAUAUAAUUCAAGUCUUUCAUUGAUUCCCAGUGAUACCAGGGAAAGUGUUAAUAAUGGUGACCUCUUAAAUUUGACACAACUUAAAGAUAUUUUAAGUGGUCUUGCUGCUGCUUUCCCUGUUCAUAACAAUAUUGGCUCAAGCACAGUUGUUACUUCAAAACUCAUCAAAGACCCAAGACUGAUGAAGAGAGAAGAAAGCAUGGGAAAACAUAAUACUGUUACAGGUUUAAAUGAGAUUUUGCCGUUUGAGAAGAGUUUAGAUUUUGAUAACUCAGAAAUAAACCUGUCAUCUUUACCAGCUAAUUCUGCCUCUUCAUCUGAAGUUAUGCCAAGUGACGAGACUGUUCUUACGAAUUAUUUGGAUGUCCCUUGUUGCAGCAGCUCUUUUGAUGAUUCACAAACCCAGGGUCUCAACCUGAGUUCUAAGACCUAUGAUUAUACAGCUUCCAAUAAAAUUACUAUGACAGAACAAUAUAAGAGCCAGGAUAAUUUUUCCUUCACAAAGUGUGUGCCAAAUGUGGUGUCAGAAGUUGAGAUCCAAAAACAUGGCAAGGAAAAACCUCAGGGAUCCCGAAAGAGAAGCAACCUCCCACUUUUAAUUGAACAAAACAGUGAGCCACAUGACUCUUAUGAAUCAGUAAAUACUUGUACAAAAGGGUACAGUCACAUCUCUCCAGAAUCACAGUCUUCUAAUUUUAACACUAUAUAUCAGACUGGUCACCAAAUGUCUACAGUUUUUCCACUCCAAAGCAAAGAAAGUGUACGUGAGUACAUUCAAAAUAGUGGAAAUAUGAGAAACUUCACUGGGCCAGAAAGUGAUUCUAAACAUGAAGAAAAGCAAAAUUUAUGGAAAGAAAGUGAUAAUUCUUUUACUAAUAAAACAAGAGUCAGUCAGGUAGAUAAUUACAUUUCUUUGCACCAGGACUACAAAAAGGAUAAGAGUCUUCACUAUUUGGGGGGAAAUUGUGAUCAAACAUUAAUUACUCAGGAGUUAGAAAAACCAAAAUCUUCUGCAUCUAACCUUGAGAAUAAAUAUGAGCUAGAUCAUCUAGCAUUAGAAGUAGAAGAUAAUCAUGCUUCAGGAGUGGAGAGCCUUCCUCAGAAGCGUCCUCGACACUCUUAUGUGUAUGAAGAUAACAUUCAUACAGGUUUUUCCAUUUCUCAAAAAUUAACGGAACUGACAUUGGAAAAACCAGAUCAAAACUGUGUUAGCAUUAUGACUGAUGCCUUCCAGAAAGCAAAAGACAUUCCUCAGGCCAGACAACUGCCAGCUGAUACUUCUUCUCAUGACAUUAAAAUAGCUCAUGAUAAUGCAAAUUGCAGCAUACCUAAAGAACAUAUAUAUGUUCCAAAGAGAAAUGAAAAUUACCCCGUGUCAUUAGAGAACAUUCAAACAGACUGCAAAGAAACUCCUCAAAUUAACAGUAAAUAUCAAGUUCAUACUCAGUUCUGUAAUACACAGUUGAACAAUGAUGUCUACAUGAAUACUAAUUUUAAAGAACAAAGAGAUAAUAAAGAAAACCAGAAGGAGGUUCAAUUAGAAGGUGUUGCAUCAUCUACAGAAAAUAACAUAGAGAAUAUAUAUGGAGAUGAGAAGAAGACUUUUCAUACAAACAAAAAUUUUACCAAUACAGAAGAAAAAAGGGAGAACAAAAAUUAUAGUAGCAUGGAAAUUCUGAGUUCCAAAGAAUUUUCUGCUACAUUUAAUUUGACUUGGGGCACAAAAUAUGUAUGCACAGAAUCUGCAUUAUUAGAAAAUGAAGAUACUGUUAGUGCCGUAGGAGAAAAAGAUCUUCAUAACCCUGGAAGGACUAUAGAGCAUUUGGUUUCCACGACAUUUCCCAAAAGUUCAGUUUCUUCGGUGCAUGUAUCCCCUCAUACUGCAUUACAGGUAGCUAGCACCACAGUGCCUGCAUUAGGCACAAAUUGUGACAUUCACCAUAGAUACCAGUUUAAAGAAACUUGUUCUUCUCAGAGUCCAGAUUUUGAUUUGUUAUUAAAACAUAAGGUUUCUGAUCAUGAAAUGGAUAUGGGUAAAAAUCAAUUACACAACUCAUUUCAUCAAUCAGUAAAUGACACCUCAAUUCCUCAAAGUUUCAAAGUGGAUAAUGAGAUUGAAAUAGAAUCAGAACAGAAUGAUGAUGCUUUUCUGUUUCAACAAGAUACUCAUAACCAUGGAAAUGUACUCUAUGAAGAACUUGGGGCCUCAUAUGAGGCUCUGAAGUCUCGUAUUGAUUGGGAAGGUCUAUUAGGAAGCAAAAAUGGGGAGGUGGAAGUUGUGGAAAAUGUAAGAGAGAAUAUCGAUCAGCAUUGCUCUGAGGAAAGUAAUUGUUUUUAUUCCUCUACACAUAAAAAUGAAGCAAAGCUAUUCAACUCAAUUUUACUCCCCGACCUGCAAAUUAAGAUUGCUAAUGUAUUUAUGCAAGGAUUCAGUCCCACUGUUGAAUCCCUUGCAUUGAAAGAUAAUUUCUGCAAAUGUAUAGAUGAAGCCACAAAAUCAAAAAUACAUAAGGAAGAGGGGGAAGCUCUAGGAUUUAAAAUUCAUUCCCAGUGUUCUGGUGAAAAUUCAGAUCAUCCUUCUGAAGGUGAAUUUGGUAAUAUAAGGGAAGAAUCAGGACUAGUGAGUACUGAAAUCUCACUUUCUUUUGACUUGAGUCAUAAUACACACAUGAAUCACAUGUCUGAAGAAAAAAAAAACAGUGGACCUUUGCUUACUGAACCUUCUAAUGUCACAACAGUAAAUAAUGAAAGCAGAUAUUCCUUGACAGAGUCAAAAGCUGAUUGUAAUAAUACCAGAAAUAAAAAUAACACAGAAUCAAGAAUUAGCAAAAGAAAGCCAUAUACACCUUUUAGGGACCAGAACAUGCCACAUAAAGAUUUAAGACAUCACGAAAUUUGUGGGAAGAAGAGGCUAACCAGGCAAGAUUCAUCAGAAUGUUUUUCUUCGUUGUCCCAAGGCCGAAUUAAGACCUUUUCACAGUCAGAAAAACACAUUAGGAGUGUCCUGGAAAUUUUGAAUAGUGAAGCAUCUUUAUGCAAAAGCAGACGUCUUUCCAGAAAACUUGAUAGAGCUGUUCUACACUUAAAAAAAGCUCAUAGGAGAGUUCACACGUCUUUGCAGCUUAUAGCUAAAGUGGGAGAAAAAAGAAAGGGCCCUUUACCAAAAGCAUAUGCAAUAAUAUGCAAUAAUUUCUGGGAAAGUUGUGACCUUCACGGUUAUAGCUCUGUGUCUGAAAGAAGAUAUUAUUCCACUAAACAUUUUUUGUCAAAAAGAAAACAUGAUAAAGCUGAAGAGAAAAGAGUUUUGCGAUUUGAAGUUAAUGAAUCAUUAACUCAUAUAUCAAAGCACAAAUCUUAUAAAACAAGCGGAGAGAAAAUCGCAAAGUGCCUUUCUAAGAAAAAUGUGUCUAGUGUCUCCAGAAGUCACACCACUAUUCUCAUGAGAGAGUUUUGUGAUCAAGCAUAUCCUGAAUCACAGUUAGCCCUGUGUGCCCCUUCCCAAAGUACAAGUCAGUUAGCUGAUAGUGAGAGCACUAUGAGAAAUCCCAGAUCAUCAGAACUUCAGCCCUUUUCUGGAAAAACUGAGUGUCUCUUUUCCUCAGACUGCCCAGAUGAGAAACUAACUGAAAAAGAAAAUCAAAGUGAUAGAAAGUUGUCUAACAUGGGUAAAUAUGAAAAUCUUGAAAACCAUUCAGCAUGUAGUAAUAUUAAGGAUACAACAAAAGAAAAUAUUUCUGAGGCUGAUGAAGUGAUAAAUAAAAGGAAUUCACUGUCUCUAAAUUGCAUAAAAGAAAAUAAUGUAAGUUUUAGCAUGGACAAAAAUUAUGAUGCAACUUGUAUAGGUCAUACAAAGACAAAAACUCAUAUAGUUAUUUCAGUCUUAGAAUCAAGUGUGAAGCACUUUUUUAAUCUUGAUAUUUACAAACCAGAUAACCUUAUUUUAUGUGAUAAAAGAAAUCUGGAAGUAAAUUUUCCCAUGGAAAGUUGGACAGCUCCUAAUGAAAGGUCCAAAUCAGGCAUUACUACAGGAAAUUUCCUUAUGGACCCAUUAAAUCUGACUCUAAUAACAAGCAGAAAGUGUAACAGUAUUCCUCAGUUGUUAUCAACCACCCUAGUGACAGACAGUGAGAAAGAAUCUUCGAAAUCUUACCUGGAUAAACAGAGCAUUUUUGCUGUAGAUUCUUCAGCAGCAUCUACCACUGCACCACACUGUCAGCAAAGAUGUGGUGGAAAGGAGCUUCUAAAGACAGAACAAUGCUCUUCCAAUAAUUGCUUCCAUAUAGAUGAGAAUGAAACAAAUGUUAUUGACAGUUCUAAGUUGGAUUUCAUACCUGUAUCUGAAGAAAGUAAAAGUUACGGGGAAAAUAUGAUGAAGAAACUAUCUUCCAGUGAUAGUUCUCUGCUCUUAAAAUAUAACAUGAAGGGUUCUUCUUCAAAAAAAUGUAUUGCCAAGAAAGACAUUGAGGACAGAAAAAUUGGGGAAGAUAAACAAGCAGAAAAAACAGAAUAUUCAGUUCACAAAAAUAUGACUGGAGGAUCAGCUGUUAAGAUUGAGUACAAAAAUCAAAAGAAUAAGGUAUUAGAAGAUUCUUCUUACUUAAUUGCGAAAACAAUUAAAAAUAACUUGACUGAUUCUCAUUUAAGCAUUAAAAAUGCUACUGAGGCAGUGUCUAUGAAUAACAUGGUUUCCAAUCAGCUCAAAAAAAGAGAGAAAGAGGAGGGAAUUAAAGUUAGUCAUGACUCUCAGUCUGACUCCACAUUGCAUCCAGAAAUAGCCUGUCAUUCCAAACCAGAUGUUAUAGGAAUGAAUCAUAUGCCUCUUUCACAUGCCCACUCUGAAACCUUCAAGGUCUCUACUUCUCAGAGGAAGCCAACAUCAUACAUGAAUGAAUUAAAAGAAAAACAUUGUUCAGCUAAUCGUUCAGCUCUGAUAGCUAGGCUAGCUCAAAUUUUGAGGAGGGCAGAUGAAGCAUCAUCUUUGCAGAUUCUACAGGAAGAAACUAAAGUUUGUCAAACUAUUCUCCCUUUAUUUGUCAAAGCUUUUGAAAGAAAACAAGAAUGUUCAUUUGAACAAAUCUUGAUUUCAAGAGACCUGUUGGUGGAACAAAACCUGUGGAAUAAUUGCAGACACAAAUUAAAACCAUGUGCCAUUGACUCCUUGGUAGAACUCCAAAUGAUGAUGGAAACCAUUCAAUUCAUUGAAAACAAAAAAAGGCUUUUAGGAGGUGAACCGACAUUCCGCAGCUUGCUUUGGUAUGAUGAGACAUUGUACAGUGAGCUGCUUGGCAGACCACGUGGAUUUCAACAACAGUCGAAUUUCUAUCCUGCUUUUCAAGGAAGAUUAAAAUAUAAUGCAUUCUGUGAAUUGCAGGACUAUCAUGAUCAAUUAAUUGAACUGUUUGAAAAAACCAAAAGGGAAAACAAUUUAUACUAUGCAUUCUUGAAAUACAAACGACAGAUUAAUGAAUGUGAAGCAAUUAUGAAGCGUUGUUCUGAUUGCUUUGACUUUUCUCUUUCUGUUCCAUUUGCCUGUGGAGUUAACUUUGGAGAUAGUUUAGGAGACCUAGAAGCCAUAAGAAAAACUACAUUAAAACUGAUCAGUAUGUAUGGGGACUCUCCUCUAAUUAAUUCCUAUCCAGGAAAACAAGACCACCUAUGGAUUAUCAUAGAAAUGAUCUCCUCAAAAGUUAAUUUUAUCAAGAGCAGUGAAGCAGUAAGUAUUAAAAUAUCUCUUUAUGGUCUGGAACAUAUCUUUUUUGAUGCAGCAAAAAGUCUCAUUUGGAAAGAGAAGAGACAGUCUUUCUGCAAAAAAUACUCAGGAAAGAAGAACAAAGAAAUACUACUCAAAAUGAAUCAACAUGCUUUUUCUAAGUUGCAGAAAAUAUAUGAUACUUUGUCUAAAGAUUUAAGCAGUGAACAAAUUUCCAGUAUUGGGCUUGAGAAGAGUACUAUGAUUGCUUCCAGAAAGUCAAAUGCUCUAGUACACAAAACAACAGUUAGCUCAAGGUUUAACAGUACUUUGCUUUCAUAUCCAGAUAUCUGUUGUAUUAGUGAAAUACUAGAUCAAGCUGAAUUUGCGGACUUAAAAAAAUUACAGGAACUCACUUUGAGAUGUACCAGUCACUUAGACAUUUUAAAAAAAUAUUUUCAGUUGCUGCAAGAAGAUAACGUAGAUAAUAUUUUCAUCACAGAAGAUAAUGUUUUGGACAUGGUGAAAAACCACAGCCAUGAAGCUGUAAUUUUAAAACCUGCAGCCAUUGAAAUAUAUAUUGAAAUUGUCAUGCUCUCAGAAACAGUUCAUUUCCUUAAAAACUCAAUGGCAAAGAAACUAGACAAACAGAGGUUUCGAGGUAUGCUUUGGUUUGAUUUGUCACUUCUUCCUGAACUGGUUCAAUGCCAAGAAAAAAUGUCAUCUUUCUCAUUUCUUAAAAGUAAUUCAACAGAUUGCCUUUGGAAAGUGAUAGAGACUGCUAUUUCUGAACUUAACAAAGAUCUGGAUAUUAUUUACAAAUAUAAUGAAGCUGUUAAUUGCUCCUAUGCUCUUCAUUUGCUCUCAAGAGAACUUGAAGAACUUUCAGAAAUAAAAAAACUUCUAAAGAAAUCUAAGUAUUCCAUUUCCACAUAUGUUGACUUUGUGCCAUGUAUAGCUUCCAUAAAUUAUGGAAGCACUGUGACAGAUUUAGAACACAACUACAAUCAGUUUUCCACACUGCUCAAGAAUAUAAUGGCUGCCCCUCGGAAGGAUUUAGGGAAAAUGGCCCAUAUUAUGAAAGUCAUGAAAACUAUUGAACACAUGAAGAUGAUAUGUGUUAAAAAUACUAAAUUAACCAUUUCCUUUAUCCUAUGCCAAAUGCUACAUAACAGAAAGAAGACUAUUGAACCGAAGAGAGAGGAAAAAAUGAAUGCUCAUGUAGAACCUAGGAAGAGUAUCAAGUCUAGUACUUGUGUGAAGGUGUCCUCAAUUUCAGAGUGCAUAUUGGAUAACACUUCAAAUUCCUCAAAAAAACGACCUAUUACUCUAGAAAAAUAUGAGGAUUCUCAGGAACAAGAGAAAAAUACUACUGUUUCCAGUUGUAAAAAACAAAAGGUUAACAUGAAAGAUGUCACAAAAAUCAACAGAGGAAAGGCAACAUUCAAGCAUCCAAGGACUACAAGAUCUCAUCCCAAAAGUGAAAAUGAAAUAGGACCAGGUUCAUCUGACAGUCUGAGAAACCAUGUCUCUCCAAAGAAAGUUGAAAUUCAGAGAUCACUACCUGGCUCACUUUUACCAUUAAAGAACCUAAAAGACACUUGCACAUUGAAGUCAGAGGGUAAAACAGGUUUAACCAAUAUUUCAUCUGCUACUUCAGAAGAUUUCACUGGACAACAGGAAGACUUAAAUAGUAUGAAGAAAAGAAAUGUAAAUGUUAGUGCUGCUGAAACAAAAAGUGAUAAGAAAGAUUGUUCUCCUUUGGCAAUUUCUGACCAAAAAAGUGUAGAUGGCACAUUUUCAAAAGACUCUGAGACACCUUCACAGAAAUUCAAGAAUUCCCCAGAUCCUGCAGAGAAAUCCUGUUCCUCAGACUUAAAACCAGGAGCUGAUGCUACUCUCCUGCCUGAUGGAUCAUCAGUGCUCGCAAAGCCUAUUUUCCAUUUUGUAAAGGAUAUCCAUGCCAAUUUAGAAAUAAAUGUCACUGACUUUGAACUUCAAGAUAAUGAAAUGUUAAACUCAACUAUUAAAAAUUCUACAUGCGCCAGUUCUCCAGAACCUAUACUUACUCAGAACAAAAUUCCAGUUCCGCAAGUAAAUAAAACACAACUUGCAAAAACUGAGUCAAAAGAAAAAUAUAUGAAGGAUACAUGGAAUCCCAAUACUCUAGCUGUUGAAACAUUUGAGAACAUGGCUCUUAAUGUGGAUCAGACAGUAGACUACUCUUUUUCUGAACCACAGAAACAGAAAAGUGAAAAUUCAGAAGUCUUAACCCAGAAUGCUUCCACAUAUUGGAAUGAACAUCCCCAGUCUGCGUGUACUCCAGUAUAUCAUUCUUCUGAGCACUCGUUUGGAACCUCAUAUCCUUACUAUGCUUGGUAUGUUUAUCAUUACAGCAGCAGCAGCAAUGGCAGUUCCAUUACCCAAACUUACCAGGGGAUAACAUCAUAUGGAGCACAGCCACCUCCUCCUCAGAUGUUGACUGCAGUUGCAAGUACCGUAGAGAAUACAUAUUCUAAUCUUUUGUACUCUCAAUAUUUCAGUUACUCUGCUGGGGAACCACAAGCAAAUGACUUUGUGCCAGUGAAUGGCUAUUUUCAUUCUCAAAUGCCUGUUUACAGUUGUCAGCAGCCAGUUUUUUCACAGUAUGUUUCCCAUCAACCAGUACCACAAACUGCAUAUACUUACUCUCCUGAUUCUGGUGUGCUUCCGGAAGUUCCUUGGGCUUAUGUUCCAUGGCAACAAGAACCCUUUCAGCGAGGACAUUGAAAAUGGUCUUCUAUCUACUGAAAUAAAGGAGAUUUAACAAGUU